GCUGGAAACGGGAAUUGCCCAACGCGGCCGGGGCUGAGUCACCCCGGGUGGGGCUCCCGAGCUGUCCCCGAGCUGUCCCGGAGCUGUUCCCGAGGCUCCCGAUCCUACAAUUCCAACCCGAGCGGAGCCGCCGCCGCCUGCCCCAGCCAUGCCCACGGAGACGGAGCGCUGCAUCGAGUCGCUGCUGGCCGUGUUCCAGCGCUACGCCGGCAAGGAGGGAGAUUCCUGCUCCCUCUCCAAGCGGGAAUUCCGGGCCUUCAUGGACACCGAGCUGGCUGCCUUCACCAAGAACCAGAAGGAUCCGGGCGUGGUGGACAGGAUGAUGAAAAAGCUGGAUCUGAACAGCGACGGGCAGUUGGAUUUCCAGGAAUUCCUGAACCUCAUCGGCGGCAUCGCCGUGGCCUGCCACAACUCCCUGCUCCUGAAAUCCCCCAAUCCAUGAAUCCAGAGGCGCUGGAAGCAUCCCGCAGCCCCAGGGAAGAUCCCAGGGAACACUGGAAGCCUUGGAAUGGUCACAUUCCCUUUUUUCCCCCCCGUUUUUAUGGAUAAAUAAAAGGUUUAAAGCCGCAA